CGUCUAAAACCCCGAAUCAUAAACCCUAGAUCCUCUCGCUGCCGCCAAACCCAGAGAGAUGGGAGGUUCAAGAAGAAAGUACAAGCGAUCCCGGACCAAGGUCCGUGUGGCGCUGCCGAAGCGGAAGCCCAACGUGUUCAAGCCGAACUUCUGUCUCCCUCCAAAGCUCCGGGCCCUGAUCGACGAAGCUGACCCUGCUUCUCGCCCUAAAUGGGACCCCGAGGGCUCCGUCAUCCAGAACUACAAGUCCUUCGGCGUCCUCUCCAACCCUAACUUGCUCAGUGGUCGAUCUCGCACCUCUCACAUCAUCGAGAGCGACUCUCUCCAGGUCCCUCCCGACCAGGCCGAGGCCGCCGCGAUGGACCCCAACGACGACGGUAGCGAUCUCGAAGAGGACGAUUUGAAAACUACCCUAGGAAAGAAACGGAGAGAUGGGAGACCUGCUUCAUUACUGCCAUUGACCACCAUCCAACGUGUUCAUGUCAGUCGGCUCAUUGAUAAAUAUGGAGAUGACUAUCAGAGGAUGUUCAUGGAUACAAAACUAAAUGCAAUGCAGCAUUCUGUUGCAACUUUGGAGAAGUUAUGCAGAAGGUAUCACACAUAUAAAGAUCAAAAUCCCUUGAUAUUGACCCGUUGAGAUAGUCAUGUUGGUAGUCAUGUUAUGUACACUGAAGCUGGUAUUCCGAGAUUCCAAGAUAGUGUAUUCUUCUCAAUAUGUAUGCUACAAUGGUACUCACUUAUAAAAUAGACUGGUUAAUUAUUGAUGUUUUCCCUUGUUUAUUUUGAAUUAAUUAGACUGUGAUAGUUAUUUACAGUCCUCUUAUUUGAGGCGCUCUAGAUGAUGGAUACAACAAUUUUUGGAAGUGUCGAGUAUUGUGGUUAUUGCAAGCUAUCUAUUCUAUGAAAAGUGUAGCCAACUGGGUGGCAAC